AAUAUCGUUAUCUCUCCCGCCAGAUUUUCUUAGCCAAAAAUAGCAGAAAUCAACCUCAAACGCCAUCAAUCCCUCCAAUCUCAAUGUUUAAGAUCUCCUUACCCAUAUCACAUCAUUCUAAGAUACCCUUUGGCGAUUCCCUCCAUAUAUAUACAAGUGAAAGUAGAAGGACCCACAAGACCCAAAUGGUCCAUUUCACUCUCUUUGGGUCCUAACCUACAAGACCCAAAAGUCCCAUUUCCUUUUCUUGGGGUCUUGACCUACAAGACCCAAAAGGCCCAUUUCCUUUUCUUGGGGUCCUGACCUACAAGACCCAAACGGUCCAUUUCCAUUUCUUGGGGUCCUGACCAUGGCCCGUAGGAAGAUCAAGCUUGCAUGGAUUGCCAAUGACUCAGCCAGAAAGUCCACCUUCAAGAAGAGAAAGAAAGGGUUGAUUAAGAAGGUGGAGCAGCUUAGUAUACUAUGCGACGUGGACGCGUGCGUGAUCAUAGAUAGUCCUUACGAGCCACAAACGGAGGUAUGGCCCAGUUCGGAUGACGUCAGGCGUGUGGUGCUGAAUUUCAAGAGCCUGCCAGAGAUGGAACGAUGUAGGAAGAUGGUUAACCAGGAAGGUUUCCUUAGGCAAAGGAUCAUGAAGUUGAGAGACCAGUUAAAGAGGCAACAGAGAGAGAAUCGAGAGGCUGAGAUCUCGAUCCUCAUGUCCGAGUGCCUAGUGGGGAAGGGCCUGCACGGAGUCUGCAUUGAAGACUUGAAUGAUUUGGCAUGGAUGGUUGAGGCGAAGUUGAAGUUGGUGCAGAAAAGGAUCGAGACCAUUCAGAAUUCGAAUUCACUACAAGAAGCUACGACGACGAUGACAAUGAUGCAGGAGGUGAAGAUGAGAGAGGCCCAUGAUGAGACUAUGAAGAUUGAAACAAGUGGCUUAGAAGUAGUUGGGAUGGAGAUGGAACCUCUACAAAAGCAGCCAUGGUUCAUGGAACCGAUGAACCCACAUGAGUAUAUGGUGUUUGGUGGGGAGGAGAUGGUUAUGCCAUUUGGAGAUAGUAUCUCAUGGUCGGAUGGUUGUUUUCCUCAGGAUUUUCACUUGUAA